UGAAAUGAAUCUACUGGGUUCAAACAUCUCCCUAUAACAACCAACCAUCAUCAUGUGAAUUAUAAACCAACUGUUCCUCUCAAACCCCAAACACAAAUUAAAAACACAAAGAAAACCAACUUUUAACUACAUCAGCUCAAUUAAGCUCAUGGCAGCUCCCAACCCCAACAGACUCUCCCUUGCCAUGGAGAGAACAGGGCAAUGGGUUUUCUCUCAAGAAAUCCCAAGUGAUGUUACAGUUACAAUUGGAGAAGCUGAUUAUUCUCUCCAUAAGUUCAUGCUGGUAGCAAAGAGCAACUACAUCAGGGAGCUGAUAAUAGAAGCAGAGGACAGUGAUCUCACCAGAAUAGACCUCUCUGACAUCCCCGGAGGCCAAGAAGCUUUCGAAAAGGCGGCGAAAUUCUGCUACGGCGUCAACUUCGAGAUCACCGUCCACAACGUCGCCGCGCUCCACUGCGCCGCCGUGUUCCUCCAGAUGACAGAAGAGUACUGCGACGGCAACCUCGCCGGAAGAACAGAAGGCUUCCUCUCUCAGGUCGCCUUCACGAAUCUCACGGGCGCCGUCGUUGUCCUCAACUCCUGCCGGCAGUUUGUCCCCGUCGCCGAAGAAAUCAGCCUCCUCGACCGCUGCGUCGAGGCCGUCAGCUCUAUGGCGUGCAACGAGGCAACCUUCCCCACCCGUUCACCGCCGAAUUGGUGGACGGAGGAGCUCGCCGUCCUCGACAUCGAUUCGUUCGGAAAAGUCAUCGCCGCCAUGAAGCAGCGCGGCGCCAAGUACCUAACCCUCGCCGGAGCGCUGAUUACAUACACCGAACGCGCACUCCGGGAGCUAGUGCGAGACCAAACCGGCGGUGGCGGCGGAGGAAUCAAGUCACCGGAGCCCGGCGAUUCCGAAUCCGAACGACGCGAUCUUCUGGAAUCGAUCGUCAGUCUCUUCCCAUCUGACAAAGCGGCUUUUCCGAUCAACUUCCUCUGCUGCCUCCUCCGCUGCGCCACCUACCUCCGCGCCUCCAGCGCGUGCAAGCGCGAGCUCGAGAAGCGGAUCUCGGAGAUUCUGGAGCACGUGACGGUUGACGAUCUCAUGGUGCUGUCGUUCACCUACGACGGCGAGAGGCUUCUGGAUCUGGACAGCGUGCGGAGGAUCAUCUCCAGUUACAUGGAGAAGCAGAAGAGCGCGUCGGUGUUCAACGGCGGCGGUAGCUUCAGGGACGAUUGCUCCGCCGUGACGCAGCGGAUUGCUAAAACUGUCGACGCUUACCUCGCCGAGAUCGCCGCGUACGGCGAACUCGCCAUCUCGAAGUUCAACGGCAUCGCCGUUCUCGUCCCCAAAGGCGCGCGAAAACUCGACGAUGAUCUAUACCGCGCCGUGGAUAUCUACCUCAAGGUGCACCCGAACCUUGAUGAGUUAGAGAAGGAGAAGGUGUGUAGUGUGAUGGACCCGCUGAAACUGUCUGGUGAGGCACGUGUGCACGCGUCGCAGAACAAGCGUUUGCCGGUGCAGGUGGUGCUUCACGCGUUGUACUAUGAUCAGUUGAAGAUGAGGAGCGGCGCAGCGGAGGAACGGGAGGCGGCGAUGGCGAGGGAUCACUUGAUGACAGACGUGUCGUUGGUGAGGGAGAACGAGGAGUUGAGGUCAGAGGUGAUGAGGAUGAAAAUGUACAUUUCUGAUAUUAAGAAGAACGGUGGUGACGGAACGACGUCGUCGAAGAGGGAGGCGGCGUCGGUGUCUACGAAAAAGCACACGUUCUUCUCUUCAGUGUCUAAGAAAUUGGGCAGGCUGAACCCGUUUAAGCACGAGUCUAAGGACACGUCUCAUAUUGAUGAUGGGCCUGGUGUGGACUUGACCAAGCCCAGAAGAAGAAGGUUCUCGAUCUCUUAGAUUGUUUUAUUUUGGAUUGUUACUGGGUAGUACUUGAUUUUAUUAUAAGGAGCAUCCUAGUUUCAACUCGGCUUUGUAUGGCUGACACACGUUGGCUCAGUUGAUAAGCAUGAAACACUUUUCCUCGGUAGCUUGUGUAUUCGAUUCCUACUAUGAUGUGAGGCUCUGUUGGUGGACAAUUUAUAAGUAGCUUUGUAAGCGACUUGUGGUUCUAAAGGCAUGUCUUGACUAAUAGAGGUGACCGAUGCCAAACUCACCAAAACUUUUUGUUAAAAAAAUACUCAGCUUUGUAUGGUGGGGUAUGUUGAUUAGGUUUCAAAUUUGUUUUUCUUUUGCUAGUAACUUUUUUUUUCUCUUUUCGUGUUCUUAUGUUGUGUAUUUGCAGCAUUCAUUGUAAAGGGCGUGUAUACUAUACUAUGUAGUAAAAGGGGAAAAGUGUUGUAUAUAGCUUUGGAUGGACUAUGAGUAUGGAAAUAUGAUUGUGCUUCGUUUUCUAA